GGUGUUACACUGUAAUAACCCAUAUAUACACUGUACUACUGUGUUUUUAGAUGGGAUAAAAAUCAAAUAUGAAACACUUCUCAGAGGAAAAAAAGGCAUGUAUCAUGUACAAAAUAUACAUUGUUAUAUUUAUAUAGCAAAUUUAUUUAAUUUGAGAUUUUACAGCAGUUUAUUAAUUUAUAAUAUUUACCUUUACAAAAUACUGCUGUACUUAAAAUAUUUAUUAAUAUAGUGCUUUUCAUAAUGGUUCAUUAUUACAAAGCAGGUUCACAUAUAAAAUAUAAAGAACAAAUAAUGAAGCACCUAUAAGAUAAAACAACACGUCCUAAAUUAUUUUAAUAAUUGCUGUAGGCUAUUGCAGUACACCGUAAUUUACAGUUUUCUUGUGAAAAAUGUUUUCAUAAAUGUUUUUUAUUAUUUAUGUUUACCUUUUUUUGAUGAAGUCUUCUGUAUUUUGUUGUUCUGGGCGUCUCUGGUUGAGUCCCGUCGCAAUUCAAAUGUCUUUUCAAAUUACGGUUUGAUGCCAUGAUUUCAGAGCAUAGACUGUUUCAGAGUAUCUAGUCUCUAACUUUGAAUUUGGCGGUAAAGUGUGUGCCGUAUAGUUUUGAAGCUCACUGCAACCAAUCGGAGCAUCUGACGCCUGACGUUACAUGUUACGCAAUCCCGUCAAUCAUAGUAGGUCUGACUCUGCAGGUGAGGUGAAAAGGUCUCGAAUCACGAUGCCUUACCAAUUCGCUAUAUAUUACUUUUUAGACAAAACAGUAAAAGUUGAAAGUGCAUCGCUUAUUGGGAAUUUGGCCAAUUUAAGUCAAGUGACGUUGCAGCCAGACCUUGACAGCGAUGAUAACUGGAUUGAGAUCAAAUGGCCCACACGAAAAGAGCCCGUUAGGACAGUACCAGCUAAAGUCCUACUAUUAGGAGAUUCGUUCAAGGAUCUUGUCACAAAGAAGAAUUUAUUCAUCUUGGGUAAAGAUAUAUGGACCAAGGAAGAAUGCAGGGGUGUUAUCAUGAAAAAGAAAAUGCUGGAGACCAAUGCGGUGGAGGCAAAAAAAGCUAAGAUGGAAAAGCAAACCAAGAUCAAAGAGACAGCCAAGAACCAGAUGCUUCAAAACCUGAAGGUUUCCCUUUCCAAAAAUAAGAACAAAAACACACAAGAUCAGCAUAAUAGUGAGGCAACUGAGGAGGAAUUUCCACAACAACUUUAUUGUCAAGCAAAGACUUUAAAGGCUGCCAGACCCAAAUCAUCCAAUCCUGAUGAUUACACCAGUUCAGAUGAUGAUGCCACAGUCAUACGGAGUCCAAACCAACCUGACAUUGGUAGUGAUAUGGAUGAAGGAUUACCCGCAAUGCAGCACAAUCAGUUAAUGGAUUAUAGCACUGGUCAACAAAUGGCACCCCAAAUGGAUGAAAUCAUGGCAUCCCUUCGUGAACUUCCAGAAAUGAUUAAAAUAAUGAAGGAGUGUGUCCACUGUAUAAAGUCAUUGAAGCCCUCGUUUGGGGGGACCCCAUCAUCCACAACCUCCUCUUUUGUCACUGAAGUUGAGAUGCAACCCUUGGCUGGCAGUGAAGUUUCAGUUCCAAAGAGGGCCUUCCAGCGACUGAACCGCACACGCAUGACCAUCUUUGUGCAGGAGCUGGCUGUCCUGGUCUUUACAAAAGAUGUACUUGCCCAGUCCACGCUAACAGGGAAAUCAGGAAAAGGGGCCCCUCCUAAAACCCAGCUGGACGUUGCCAAAGUGCAGGCCAUAACAGAUGCAGUUCUGCUGGAGUUUCCACGGUCAACAGCAUCUGAUGUGCGAGCAGCUAUCAGACGCAAGUGCAACAAUGAACAGUUCGUCCAGAAGAAGGUCUGAUGUGUAAAUAUGUUUUUAUUUACACCUCUGUUGCUGUUCAGAAGGUUCUCUGUGGUUUCUUUCUGUUUUUGCACUGUUGUAAAACAUGGUAAAUUUAUUCUGUUAAGUUUUGAAACCAAGUUCCUGUAAAUGUAAAUAAAAAUGUUUUAAAUAGAUUUAAAUAAAUACUUGUUAAUAAAAUGUCUUU